UCCUGUAAGGGUCCGCUUUACGCAUGCGCAGUGGCGCUGAUGGUGGCGGCUGCUGUGGCGACGGCGAUAGAACGUUCUCGCGCGCCGGACCGAACGGAGGCCGGGGUCACGAACUUUGACCUCCCGGAAUAAAAAACCCUUGAGGAGUAUCCAAAAAGUGAUUAUGCAUACAGGAAGCUGAAUAUAAAAUUUGCACCUUGGGAAUUCCAGUGACACAUGAUCAUGGCAACAAUAGAGGAAUUGGCCCAUCAAAUUAUUGAGCAGCAAAUGGGAGAGAUGGCUCAUUCCCAAGGAUCUGUUACCCAAACACUAAUGGAUGGGACAUCACAAAGAAUUCAGAUUGUCCCUGCAGAUACAGGUCUCUCCUUACCGCAACGGAUACAGAUUGUUACAGAUCAGCAGACAGGGCAGAAGAUUCAGAUCGUUACAGCACUUGAUCAGUCUGCAACAGGCAAGCAGUUCAUUUUAACAAAUCAUGAUGGUUCUACCCCAAGCAAAGUGAUUCUUGCAAGACAAGAUUCUGCUCCAGGAAAGGUUUUUCUAACAACUCCAGAUGCUGCAGGGGUGAACCAGCUAUUUUUUACAUCUCCAGAUAUAUCUACACAACACAUUCAGAUCUUAACAGACAGUUCUUCCACAGAACAGACUCUGAAUAAAGUAUUUGAUCUCUGUGUUGUUUGUGGAGACAAGGCAUCAGGGCGCCAUUAUGGAGCAGUGACAUGUGAAGGAUGCAAAGGAUUCUUUAAAAGAAGUAUACGAAAGAAUUUAGUGUACUCCUGCCGAGGGGCAAGGGAUUGUGUGAUUAACAAACAUCAUAGAAACAGAUGUCAGUACUGUAGGCUGCAGAGAUGCAUUGCAUUUGGAAUGAAACAAGAUUCUCCACACCCUUUUGUAGCUGUUCAGUGUGAGAGGAAACCUGUUGAAGUAUCCCGAGAAAAGUCUUCAAACUGUGCCGCUUCUACAGAAAAGAUUUAUAUUCGAAAAGAUUUACGGAGUCCACUUACAGCAACUCCAACUUUUGUAACAGACAGUGAAACAGCAAGAUCAACAGGAAUGUUGGAGUCUGGAAUGUUUGUGAAUAUACAUCAGUCUGGUGUAAAGAAUGAGCCUACAGUUCUGAUGACUGCAGAAAAGGUUGAAACUUGUCAAGGAGAUUUAAGUACUUUAGCAAAUGUGGUAACAUCAUUAGCAAGUCUGAGUAAGUCCAAAGAUGUGUCUCAGAGUAGUCCUGAUCUGUCUCUGAUAGAAAGUUUAAGCAAUGGAGACACUUCAUUGACUGAACUCCAGCAAGAUGAGAAUGCAAGUACUGAUGUUACAAGGGCAUUUGAUACUCUUGCAAAAGCACUAAACCCAGAAGAGACUGCAUCAUGUCAAAGCUCUGCAGAAAGUAUGGAAGCCAGUGCACAUCUGCUUGGUGAAGAAACAAGCAUGAAUAUUGUUGAAAUAGAAGGCCCACUUCUCAGUGAUGUUCAUGUAGCAUUCAGGCUCACCAUGCCUUCGCCUAUGCCUGAAUACCUGAACGUACAUUAUAUUUGUGAGUCAGCCUCCAGAUUGCUAUUCUUAUCUAUGCACUGGGCACGUUCUAUUCCUUCCUUUCAAGCUCUGGGGCAGGAUAACAGCAUAUCACUAGUGAAAGCCUGCUGGAAUGAACUUUUUACACUUGGUCUUGCACAGUGUUCACAAGUAAUGAAUGUAGCAACUAUACUAACUGCAUUUGUUAAUCAUCUUCAUAAUAGUUUACAGCAAGAUAAGCUUUCAGCUGAUAGAGGAAAGUUGGUGAUGGAGCAUAUCUUCAAACUCCAGGAGUUCUGCAACAGUAUGGUGAAGCUUUGCCUUGAUGGUUAUGAAUAUGCUUAUUUAAAAGCUAUUGUCCUCUUCAGUCCUGAUCACCCAGGCUUAGAAAAUGUGCUGCAGAUUGAAAAAUUUCAAGAAAAAGCAUAUAUGGAAUUCCAGGAUUAUAUAACAAAAGUAUAUCCAGAUGAUACUUACAGGCUGUCUAGGCUCCUUCUCCGAUUGCCAGCCCUGAGACUGAUGAGUGCUGCUAUCACAGAAGAAUUGUUCUUUGCAGGACUAAUUGGAAAUGUUCAGAUUGACAGCAUCAUACCAUAUAUUCUAAGAAUGGAGACUGCAGAUUACAAUUCUCAAAUAAUUGGUCAUGCUGUAUAAAAACUAAACCCACAGAUUCUAUACCAUGGCAAUCAUGGUGAUUGUAAAUAUAGAUUAUCUCCAAGAGAUAACAUGUUUUCCUGUGCAGUUACAAUGAGAAAAAUGAAAGAAGUUAUCACUUCCUCCUUACCAAUGCAUUUGUGAAACAUGGUGGGAUACUUGAGUGGUACAGGAUGAUUUACUUUUUAUCUGGUUUUCAAGAACUUUGUAUAUUGCUUUAGAAUCUAAAGAAAAUCAAGAAGUCGUUCAUCCUAUUUUUGUAGUUUAGCUAUACAUAGAAGAACUCCAGAAAAAUGUACAAAAAAGCCUAGCCAUUGGUGAAAGGAAGAUCAACAAGAUGUUUUAACUUGAUACUUUAAAUAAAUUAACUUUCUUCCCAGUGUUGUGUUUUUGGUAUCUGGUUUUUAAAAAAUUCACUCUUUGUCAA